AUGAAAAUAUUAUUUGUUCUUGCAUUAUGCUUAGCCAUUGUUAUGGCAAAGCCUGCUGAAGAUCUUGUCAAGGAGGUGCCAGAUAUGGGCAAAUUCGACCAAUUCGAUUUUUAUUCUGGAUAUUUAGAUAUCCCAAAUAAACAGAGGAAGCUCCAUUAUGUCUUUGCUGAGUCACAGAAUGACCCUGCUAAUGAUCCUCUUGUGAUCUGGUUCAAUGGUGGUCCAGGAUGUUCUAGUAUGCUCGGAUUUGUUCAGGAGCACGGGCCUUACUCCAUGCCUGACGGAGAAGAUACUUUCUAUGAGAACCCUUACUCAUGGAAUACUGAAGCUAACAUGCUCUACAUUGAGUCUCCUGCAGGAGUAGGAUACUCUUACUACUGGGGUGAUGAUAAUGGAGAGUCUAAUGAUCUGGCAUCAUCUGAGGAAAACUAUGCUGCUUUGGAAUCUUUCUACCAGAAGUUCCCCGAAUUUUUAGAUAAUGACCUAUUCAUUACCGGUGAGUCUUAUGCUGGAAUUUAUGUGCCUUAUCUUGCCUGGCAAGUCCUCGAGCACGGAAAGAAAUACAACUUGAAAGGUAUCAUUGUAGGAAACGGAGUUGCCAACAGAACCUUCAUGGACGGUGCUUUUGAAGGAAUGGGCUUCUGGCAUAAUCUUUACAGCUUAAAAAUGUUCGACGAUAUUUUGGAUAAUCACUGUGAUUUUGCCAAUAUUGAUAUCAUGGAAGAUGGUGAGGAAGACACAGAGAAAUGUGAGAAGCUUGAGAAGGAAUUUGGAGAGCUUAUCAGCAGCCUCAACCCAUAUGAUGUUUACAGGGAGUGCUACAAGUCAGAUAGCAAAGAUCGACUCGGAAGUACUAUUAUUGAUGGAAAAGUAAAGACUUAUAAGAGAGGGAUGACUGCCCAAGAAUAUACCCCAUUCUUCUUUGAAGGAAAGGGGAAGACUGCUCUUGGUCAUGUCCCCCCAUGUGUCUAUGCUUCUGGAACAACAGAUUAUCUUAAUAGAAAAGAUGUCAGAGAGGCUCUUCAUAUUACAACUGAUCAACCAUGGGAGAUUUGUGUUGGAGGAGAAAGAAUUUUCUAUACUACCGGUGCUAAACAGUCUCAUUGGAUUUAUCCAAUUUUGAAAGAUCAGAAUAUCAGAGUUCUGCAAUUCUCUGGAAAUGCUGAUGGAGUUGUGCCUACUCAAUUCACUAGAGAUUGGAUUCAUUCUUAUGGAUGGCCAAAGGUUAGAGACACUGCACCAUUCUUUGCUGAAAACGAUUCUAAAGUAGGAGGAUAUGUUGAGUACUACGAUGGUAUGACUUUCGCUACCAUCAUUGGAGUUGGACACAUGGCUGCACAAUGGUCUCCUGCAGCUACUAAGCAUGCUGUCUACCAAUUCUUAAAGAAUGAGCCAAUAGAUCAAUAA